AAUAGUAACCAUGUUCAACAGUCAAGACAACGACCACUCAGAGGAAUUACACUCUUCGUUCACCCAUCCUCACUUACAUCCUAAUAUAAUUCAAGAUAGUUCAGCCGGCCUGGCAGGAAUUGUUGCUGGUGAACUAGCUGCAGAAGAUGAAGGUUUAUUAAACAACGAGCUUUUCAGAAGCCACAGUUAUGGGGCCAUACCGGAAGAGCAGGAAGCAGCAGAAGAAUCACACGAACCAAGUAAGUAUGACAUUGAUGAUCCCAAUGGCGGUUAUGCAUUGUCUAAACGCCAAUUAUACCCUGUAGUUGCCAGUAUUUUCAUGGGGGCCUAUUUGGCAGCACUUGAUGCAACUGUGGUUACCACGUUACUAACCUUAAUUGCGUCAGAUUUAGAUGCAGUGUCUAACAUAUCAUGGAUUGCUACUGCUUACUUACUAUCAUGCUCUGCUUUUCAACCUAUCUUUGGUAAGCUUUCUGAUAUAUUUGGGAGAAAGGUUUUGUUGGUUUGUUGUACAAUCCUCUUUGGAGUUGGAUGCUUGAUAUGUGUCACUGAUUCUCUUGCUAUCUUAGUUAUUGGAAGAUUCAUCACUGGUUGGGGAGGUUCUGGAUUAACUUCAUUAGGAACCAUCACAAUGUCUGAUAUUAUACCGUUGAGAGACCGUGGGUUCUAUCAAGGGUUGGCUAACGUUUUCUUUGGCUUAGGCUCUGCUUCCGGAGGUAUAAUUGGUGGAUUAGUUGCGGAUUACUUAGGAUGGAAAUAUGUGUUCAUUUUACAAGUCCCACUCGCAUUUAUUGUGGGAUUGGUUAUACAUUUGAAUUUGAAUUUGCCAGAGGGUUCUCCUGGUUUAGGAGCUCAAGGACAAGAUAUAAAGCAAAAGUUAAAAAGAGUUGACUUCUUGGGCUCAUUUGUUUUAGUGACUUCAUUAAUGAUGGUUCUUACUGCUGCUUCAUUGGGCGGAAGAGAAAUUGCUUAUUCUUCAAAAACUUUUAUUGGAUUAACCGCCACUUCAUUGAUUUUACUUGGAGGUUUUGUAUAUGUUGAAAUGAAUGUUUCUACAGAGCCAAUUAUUCCUAUUCAUUUGCUUGCAAACAGAACUAUUCUUGCAAGCUCAUUAACCAAUUGGUUCUACACGAUGGGGAUUUUCACCACUUUAUUCUAUGUCCCUGUUUAUUAUACCUCAGUUUUGGAUUAUACUGCUACCCAAAAUGGAGUGCGUUUAAUCCCUAACUUCCUUGGGGUGUCUUUAGGUUCAGUCGGUGCAGGGCUAUACAUGAAGAAGACUGGGAAAUACUAUAAGUUGGCAGUUGUUUCUGGAAUUGUAUCCUUGUUUGGUAUGACCAAAAUUGCCAUAAUAACUCCUUCGAUUCCUAAUUGGCAACAAUUUUUACUUUUGUUACCUUCAGGAUUGGGUUACUCAUCUAUUUUGACUGUGACUUUACUUGCAUUGAUUGCCGCGGUGCCAAUGAAAUACCAAGCAUGUACCACUUCAAUCCAAUAUACCUUUAGAUCUACUGGGUCCACAUUGGGAGUUUCUAUAGCGUCAGCUAUAUUCCAAAAUGUGUUGCUACAUAGAUUGACUGACAGUGUUAACAAGCUUGUACCUGAUAAAGAUCAAGCAAAGGAUAUAAUUAAACAUGCAUUGAAGAAUACAAAUUAUAUUGACCUUGCACCCAAGUAUGUCAGAAAGGCAAUCAGGGAAUCAUAUGCUGCUGGAUGUAAAGGUGCAUUUAUAUUUGGGUUGAGUACAGUUGCAAUUGGUUAUGUUUGCUCAUUGUUUAUGAGAGAACACAAGUUACACACAAGUAUGAAUCGCGAUUGAUUGCAUCACUCCCCCCCCCCACGUCUAGGAUAUAGGGAUAUUGGACUCUUCCCACUAUAGAAAAUAUAUUAUACCUCGAUAUUUAUUUUUGUAGAUAUAUUGUAGAAUAGCUAAGAUGUCUGUAUUUAAUAUAGUAUUUUGACUAUACAAGACUUCAACUGGAAAUACCUCCCAUCGAGAGUAUAUCCCAAGAAUUAUAUACAUUCUAUAAAUAGUAAAUGAUUCUAUUAAUGUUUAUUCUCAAUUGAACUUAUUAUACAAGAUUUAUACCCUAUGGAGUAGAACGUAGCCAGGGUGAGCCCUUGGUUGAGUUUGUACCUGAUUCAUGAUAAUCUCGUUUCACAUGAUACAUAUGAUUUGCACCUUUAACGACAAUCAAUUUGCUUGCAGUUAGAUCUUCAUCUUCCUCCUCUUCAGUAUUCGACCUUUCAUUUAAAUUAUAGCUUGAAAUCAGUCUCAUUAGUCUUGGUGGUAACAACUUUGGAGAAAAUGAAUGAACACCCACAUGGAAUGAUGAUUCGGGAAUAAAUAAAUGAUGGUUAUGUACUGGGCCAAGUAAUGGAGAAAGGACCGGCGACAUCACUUCAUCUCGCUUUAUUGAGUCUUCAAUUGCUUCUUCUAUUACUUCUUCAAUCAACUCGUUUUCAGAUGUGAUGUUUAUGUUGACAAGUAUUACUGCUAACAAGAUGCAAACUAUUCCAAAGACGUAAACCACACUUGUGUGUUUGUUCUUACUAGUGUGAGUAAUAUACAUGAUAAUAUAGUCAAUGAAUAUGGUAAUUGGAAUUCCCGAGGUUAAUGUUAAGGAAACAACUAAAGGUGAAGUUAGCAACAUUGCUAACAUUGCGGUAUAAUCAGAAAUUGCCGAAAAUACACCAUUAAUCAAGAUACUGAACAAGAUAGCAUUAUUUGGAGGUGGGAAUUCAAAUUUCUCAACAUUAAAAUAAUCAACAACAUAUAGGGUGGGAAUACCCAUUAAUAAUGUUAAGAGACCAGCAUAUCCAAACAAUCUUCUCUCAUUGGUUGUUUUAUUCCCAGUCCCGCAUUUAACUUUCAUAAUAAUCAAGUACAAUGCAUAUGCUAGUGCUCCACCCAAGGCUAACAUAUUUCCUAAUCUUGGAUUCUUAGGUUCAAAUUUGUUCUUAUGGCCAUUAGCGCUACUAGCAUCACUGAAAUUUACCAAGAAUACUCCUGUAAAACUGCAAACAACACAUAAUGCUUUUUUCCAGCUGAAGCGUUCGAUUUUGAGCAAGACUCCUAUGAUUAAGGUGAAAACCGAAGAUGAAGAUCCGAGAACAGUUUGAUUGGAAGCAGACGUGAAUUGAAGUGCUUCCAUCACACACAAAUUGUAAACAAGGUAAAUCACAGCGAUUGUUAAGGCAAGUGUGAACACCUCAUACCCGGAAAGUUCGGUGGGAUGAGAAAGAGAGUCUUCAGUUAAUAUUUUCUCUAAUGCCCUCUGAGACGAACUGCUACUUGAACUUUCUAUUAAUGGAGUGAAUUCAUUAAUUUGUUCUGUUGUUUCACGCCUUGGAAAAAUUUUCCGUUUGAAAAUGCUUAUUAUGUCGGGGAUCAAGUUCAAGCUGUAAAAGCUACCGGAAAUUAUUGCAAACAAGAACGGCUUGUUGUAAUCAUCACCUUUUAGUACCACGUUUACCAACUCUAGACCUAUGAUCCACGUACUGACCGAUAUAACAAGGAGGAUUACUCCUAAUCUGUAAUUUUUUAGUUCUUGGUCAUUGAUGAUCUCUACCACUUCGGCGGGGUCAGAAACAAUCGCUGCAUCAGUGGUGGCGGGGGUGCCAACGUGGGGUUGAUGGUGUAUUUGCAUAGUUUACUCAGCUACUACACAAGAACAGCUGAAGUCAUAUAAAUAAUCAAAGUAGAAUAUGGUUAUAAUAAAAGAUGC